CUCCUUCUCUCUUCCUUUUCUACUCAUCGACCCUCACAGACUCACGAGUCACGACCACAAUUGAUCGCCCAACUAUUAUCCAUCCUCUCCCCCAAAUUCUUUUCUCCCCCUAAACGCACGACCUUUCCCCUCCUGAUUGCCUCUAACGAAAUCCUUCCCCCCCCACCGUUCUUAGGUCGUUGUCCGGUGUUUGUCCGGUUUGGAACUUCUCUUCCUCGUGGUCCAUUUUACCUUUUUUUCCCUUUCAUAUUUCCUUUCAUUCUUUCUCAAACCCCCUUUUCUUCUCAUCUUGGCCGGAUUAAUCUGGCAUUCAGCGAGCCAUGGCUCCUAUGACAGACGUUGACAGUUCGGAAGAUGUCAAUGACUUUCUUCUGCGCAUCCGGGAACUAGGAGAGAAGCGCGAUAAGGAGGAUGAGGAACGCACGAAAAAGCUCGAGGAGGAAAUUUUGCAGGGACGCAAGGAGAGACAGGCCCGCAGAGCUGAGCGGGCGCGAUCGAUUUCUCCCACAAAAGAUUCCCCCAUCCUAGACGCGGCUCGAUUGAGCAUAUCUUCAACUCUCAGCCACCGUGCGAUCGACCCCCCUGAACACCUCGAACCAACCCUCCACACACCCGCUCGUGAAUCCGGCAGCAGACCCGAGUCCAUUCGGGAUGACACAUCGACAACCACGGACGGCGGCCGGAGAGGAUCCACACUGACCGGAGUCGAAGGCGAGAUACCAUCCAGACCUUUACGGAGUAGAACGGGAACUUUGUCCUGGCAGCAAAGGCCGACAUCUCGGGAUAGCAACAGACAAUUCUUUUCAUCAUCACCUUCUCGGUGGCGAGCCCUGUCCACCGCUUCGACGGAUGACCAGAGCGCUGCUCGCAAUUCAUUCGCAUCGUCCCCAACAUUCAAAGAUGUGUCGUGGGCGCGCCAGACAGACGGUGCCGGCUCCCCAACUCGCGGCAAGCACGUGGAGGAAGACAGGCCACAGACACCCAGCUCCGAAGCGAAUCUCAAGCAGCCAAACGCAGAAAAGGAGUCCACUCCCGAGCCCACCAAGGAAAUCGAUCACCUAGAGAGCGUCGAGGAACGAUCCCGUUCGCCAUCAAGAGCCAGCUCAACCUUUGCAGAAAGUAGUUUGGGCCACCGAUACUCAAGUGUCUCUUCGGUCUCGACGGCGACGGGUCUCGGCUCACCGCUGCCUUUGUCAAGCGCUCAGAAGCUGGAGCCCCGCAAACCCGAAGAAGUAUUGGAUGAUCAGAUGUCUCUUCCUCCAUCACCAAGGCGCCUUUCCCCGGAACGUUCCACGUCGCCGACCAAGGGCCUCGGUGGAUUCGUGCAGAGCGCCAUGAUGAAGCGGUCCGACAGUGUGUCAAAGAGGUGGAGCGCCCAGCUUCCAACCGGCCUUAGCCGGCCUAGUUCGGUUGCUAGCAGCCGCAACAGUUUCGUCGGAAGCGAUAUCUUCGCGAAUUCGCCUUCACAUAGGCUGAGUCGCGAUAGUCCAAGCAUCUCACCUCAGCGGCCAACCUCAAGCCAUCGUCCUACAUCCAGCCACCGGCCCAGUUCAAGUCAUAGCGAGGCAACCAUCAUCGACCCUGCCAAAGACAGCGAGCGACCGGCAACUCCGCCAGUUUCUAUUCCCGAAAGACGAGAGCACAAUGCACUAGCUGAUGAGGGAGCCGCCAGGCCCUCUCUCAGUCUUCACACGCGGUCGGCUAGCUCUGUCGAUAGGGGUCCAGAAUCCAGCUCUCUGCCUUCGUCAAGUCCGGUAGUCUCCAGGACUAUGGAUCCCAGAAGAUGGAGUCCAACUAAAGCGAGCUGGUUGGAAAGUGCCUUGAACCGUCCUCCUGACUCGCCGAAGCACAAGAGGCAACAGUCCUUCCAACAGCCGUCGUGGGUCAGGGAGAGGCAACUGAGGAGCAGCGUUGAUUUGGGCCGAACAUCUAGCUUCAAAGAAGUCACACCCGUGGGUCUCAUGCGAACAGCUGUUCCUGGUACUCACUCCAAAUCAUCAAGUGUGUCUGGGAUCCCAAACCUCUUCCCUGCGCCAGAUGUAGUUAAGACCAAAGCGGAUGAUUCUGCCAACAGUCUGUCUCCUGUGAAAGAGCCCAACCCAACUUCCGUCUCCUAUGGGAACACUCCUGAAGCUGAACCAAAGGAGAGUGCAUUAACGGCUGAAUCUAAAGAUGAUCUGACAGCAUCCGAAGUGCAGGAAAUUUCUCCAGCUGAAGUUGCCUCGCCGUUAGUCCCUCAGCCGAAGGAUGGUGUUGCGGAAAGCGAUCUCAAGGACGGUGAGCUGGAACUCCCGCCCAAUGAGAGUCAGCCAACCCCCGUUCCGGAGGACAAUGAGCCAGCACCUUUGGAGGAGAGUGUGGAAGGCCUGUCUCCCACUAAAGCAGACGCAGAAGCAAAAGUCGCGGAAGAAAGUACCACGAAGCAUGCACGGAGACCGUCGAACCUCAGCCCUAUCACCAAGACUGUACUUGAUAUGCCUGUUCCGUCUCCUACUCGUGACCCCCUCUUGAACAGGCCAAAGCCUCAGUCACCUGUGAUUGACUUCCGAGCCAACCUUCGACGCCGCGAAAUUGUCAAAGAUGAAGCGCCCAGAGAGGAGCCGGAAUUCAAGAACGUCUUCGGAAAGCUUAAAAGGGCGGGAACCUCGGCCUAUGUACCCCCUGAUGAUUUGAAAGAGAACAUUCUGAAAGGCAAGGCGGCGCUCAGUACAAUGAACGGAUCCCAGAGAUCAACCAAGGUCGACGACUUAAAAGAAAGCAUCCUCAAACAGAAGGAAGCGAUCAAAACUAACGGGGGAUCAGCCAGACGAAACACUGCAGGAGAAUUGGACGCUCCCAUGAAGUUCGUCCCAGAGGCGAUUGCAAAGAGAAACAACUUGACCAAGUCCAUCAGUUCUAGAAGCAACCUCUCCGCUACUGACGCACCCUCCCCACGUUCGCCGCUCUCGCCGCUCUCACCCCAAGAGCCGCCGGCACCUCUAGAGCCUCAGCCUCUGAGCCUUUCUUCAAUGCGAUCUGAUGUCAACGUGAACAACGAAUUGUCACAAACUCCUGAAGUUUCAGACGAACCAACUAAAACACCCAAGCCUAGCGUUGAUUGGUCUCAACCUGAGACAGAAGCUGAAGCGUCCGAGAAGGCGGUCGUCCCCAACGAUGCCGACUCACCCUUGCACAGCGAACUAGAGCAUUCGACUACAGACGAUCAGGGAGAGAGCCACAGGGAACUCCCAUCGGCUCGCUCGUCAAUCCACUCAUCGCUCGCCGCAGAGAAGCUCGCCGCAGAGAAGCUCGCCGCAGAGAAGCUUGCUGAGGAGCAGAGACUGGCUGAGGAGCAACGACUCGCUGAGGAGAAGCUGGCCGAAGAGCAGAGACUCGCUGAGGAGAAACUUGCCGCGCAGAAGCUCGCCGAGGAGCAGAAGGCAGCUGAAGAGAAGAGACUAGCCGAGGAGAAACUCGCUGCGGAAAAGCUUGCAGAAGAGCAGAGACUGGCUGAGGAGAAGCUCGCUGCGGAAAGGCUUGCAGAGGAGCGGAGGCUUGCAGAGGAGAAAAUCGCAGAAGCUAAGGCCGCAGAAGCGAAAGUAACAAAGGAUAAGGUCACAAAGAAUGAAACCGGCGACGAGGAACGUCAUUCAGCGGUUUCAGAAUUGGAAAGCCCCGUACUAGGCGCUUCGCAUGUUGAACAAUCUGUGGGUGUCUCCAGCGGCUGGCCACUUCCUGACACUGAGGUUAAUUCGAAUAUCACAUCUCAAGCAGGCACGUCCGAGCCUGUUUCGCCGAUUUCUAUUGAGCCGAUCAAAAUCAAGAAAGCCACCCCGCAAUUGAUCAAUCAAAAGCCUCUGCCGAAUCCCGACGAUCGAAGCUCUGAGCCUCCAACACCGCCAAGCCAGGAUGCACCUCGCGCCGAAGGAAGCAGGAGCAAUAGCUUUGUUGCCAACCUACGAAGCUCUCUCCUGGGAAAGCCUCCGUUGCCACCGAAAACAGCACCGCUACCAUCGACCCCUACGAGGAACGCUCCUACUCAUUUUUCGUCGCCUUCCCCUUCGCCUCUGAGAACCAGCUUCAAGGAGAAUCUGGGAUCGACAUCCCCAGCGCCGUAUCAGAAACCCGCAUCCUACUUUGCUGCUGUAGGAGUCAAAAACGCGUCUGCUAGAGACAAAGCUUUACCUUCACCCCCCGUUCCUCCCAAGGGAUCUCGAGCCUCUGUCGAUCAAUUCUCCUCGCCACGAUCGUCAGCCUCGCUUGUUCCUUUAGCAGAUGAGUCAUGGGAUGCACUUUCCAGCUUCUUUAAGCCCCUACCUAAAUCUAAUGACCGUGUGAAUGUCGACGCCCAGGUGCUGUUGGCAAAGCGUGGUGACGAGAUGAAGAUCCGAACAUUGAAACGGCAAAUAUGGGAGAUCACAGGCGACGGAAAGAAGCAAGAUCUUCCCGUCAACCAGGAGUAUAUUCUGUACGAAGGUAGCAUGUACUUGUGCGUGCAUAUGUUUGAGGCUGAUGGUAACGUGCGUUCUGAGAUCCACCUCUGGUGUGGUGAUGAUGUUCCCGAUGCGGCUGUCGACGAUGCCCAACCCUUCUCUCGACGAGUUGCAAAAGAGAAUGGAUGCAAGCUCGAGAUCAUCAAACAAGGCAAAGAGCCGGCCCGUUUCAUUCAAGCUUUGGGCGGGAUUCUCAUCACCCGUCGUGGUUCUAGCUCCCGGUCCAGUUCUUCUGCUAUCUUCAUGCUUUGCGGACGGAAGCAUCUAGGACAGAUGGUGUUUGACGAAGUGAACUUCUCGCCUAGCAGCCUUUGCUCUGGCUACCCUUUCGUGAUUUCCGCCAUGUUUGGCAAGUUGUUUCUCUGGAAAGGGCUCGGCAGCUCUGCAGAAGAGAUAGGAGCCGCUCGCCUGAUUGGGAUGGAUCUCGGCCUCACUGGCGAGUUUGAAGAAGUAGGUGAAGGAGAGGAACCAGAGAGCUUUUUUGAAGUCUUUCCGCAGUACGAAAGGACGGCGGAUGAGAAGGGUGCCAACAACUGGCGCAUGAAGCCCAAGCUUGACCGGUAUCGCACGCGCCUGCUUCGCGUGAACCAUGAACUCGGUCAGCAACGGGCUGGUUUUUGGAUGCGUCGUGCUGGUUCCCCUUCUCCAAUCACUCGCCCGAACGACACUGUGCAAGAGGUAGAUCCGUUCUGUCAAAAAGACAUUGACGUUAAAGGAAUCUAUGUUCUCGACACCUACUUUGAGAUUUAUGUGAUUGUGGGUGAACAAGCCUCAGCCCGCGCUGCCGAGUUCGCUUCAGCAGUCUAUUUCGCGCAUGAAUACAGUAUCCUGGCCGCCUCUUUCCAAGAUCGACCAUUUAUCCCGAAGAGUUUUGUCUCCCUCGGCGGAAUCCCAGAGAGCUGUAGCAGUGCAUUCCGCAAAUGGAACACGAGCUCGUGGCAAACCAUUCCGCAAGUGUUUCCCUUGAACGCGGCAAUCGAGGCAAUUCGCAACCCCUAAACUUCCCGCCAUCUCUCCUUGUUCCUCUAGUGUUAGUGGGCGUCAUACCCGGAUUUAUCUUGAUUUUUUCUCGCCUAUCUUUGUUUAUAGCGUCUUGCAUUUAGAUUGUGCAUAUAUCGGGCUGUACAGAAAUGGUGCUUGGCUACAUUUUUCUGGAAGGAUUUAAAUGGAAGCGCGGAUAUAGAAAGCCUGAACGGCGGGGCUCAUAGGGAAUUUUGACAGCAUGUAUGUGUGAGAGAGGUUGUCUAAGUGUCUGUUGCAUUGCUGGGUCCUUAUUUGCAUUCAUCUUUGGCGUUUCGGAGGAUAGUCCUUUGCUUACCGGUGUUCAUGAGAGGAUUGCUGGUUUUUCUUUGGUGCAUGUAUGAUAAUUCUGUUCUUGAGGACAGUUAGACAAUUUCAAUCAUGGUUCACCUUAUUGUGCCGUGGACAUGCAUUGGAAUGCUC